UGUAGUAUCUAGAAAACGACAUGAAACUUUCAAAGGCUAACUGAACAAAUUGUUUGGCUAACUCAGCUCAGACUUUUCCCUAACGAGAGUGACCCGUUUCCGGCGCUGCACCGCAACCGAACGAACAAAAAUUCAACGAUGGAAGACGAACUUGAGCUUCCCACUAACCCCAACUCUCUGAGUAACCAUACCAACCCCUCCAACGAAGACAACGACGAUGACCCACCGACGCUGAGCUCCCAAGCCAUGGCUGCUCUCAGAGAGUUCUUGGCUGAGCAAAGCCAGCCCGUUGCCGAACCCACCAACGAGAACGAUGGUCAGAGUGGCUCCUCGGUGGCUCUGGUCUCCGAGGACUGGAGGCUCAGCCAGUUUUGGUACGACCCCGACACUGCCGAGACCCUGGUUCGAGAGGUGCUCACUCUCUGCCAAUUGAAUUCGUCUGACUCGGAUUUGGGAUCUCCUCGAAUCGCUUGCAUUGCUUGCCCCACUCUCUAUGCUUAUCUCAAAAAUAUGGAUUCGAAUUUGAGAGUGCAACUUCUUGAAUACGACAAGCGUUUUGAACAAUAUGGUGGUGAUUUUACGUUCUAUGAUUAUAACCAACCUGAAGAAUUGCCAAUGGAGCUUAAGCAUGCUUUCCAUGUGGUGGUUGCAGAUCCUCCUUACCUGAGCAAGGAGUGCCUGGAGAAAGUUGCGGAUAGUAUUUCUUUUCUUGCACGAAAUAAGGAGUCUCAUUUGCUUCUACUUACAGGAGAGGUGCAAAAAGAUAGAGCAGCCGAGCUCAUGGGUUUGCAGCCUUGUGGUUUCAAGCCGCGACACUCCAGCAAACUUGGAAACGAGUUUCGGGUGUUCUCAAACUAUGAUCCUGGGACACGAUUAGGAGGGUGGGAGAAAUAGAAAUAGCUGACCCUGCCUUAUUCAUUGGUGGGACAAAGAGACAAUUCUUAUUUUCCAGGAAAAUCAUUCAGUUCUAGAAAGAUGACAAUGAGAUUCCUUCAUCUUGACUUCAAGCUUUGUCAAUGCAGUAUCAAUGGCUUUAAUGGGGUGACCAUCUCUUUGUUCUUGUAACUUGCUUAUUUCAAGUGUUUUGGAGGAAGAAAAUUAAGGAGUCACUUAAUUUAACCUCACCCUAUGUGGAUAAUGGCCUAAUUGUAUUCACCUCUCUACUAUUCCUAAGAUUCUUUAAGUUGGUGCUCUUGUUCUCUGUUUUAUAUACCUGCUCGCAACUGAAAAGAAAAAAGGUCGCAGGGUGGGAAUUCUGCCAGUUUCUCCAUAUUCUUCCUGGUUGGAAAUAUAUGCGCUCAUAUAUUAAACACUAUCGCCCCUUUUGGCUUAUAUGAUUGGUUUUUUUAUUUUUUUCAA